AUGCCUUCCACCCCAUGGACCAAGCCUGACACAACCACCCGGCCAAUUGCGGUCAUUGGCGCCGGCGUGAUGGGCCGACGGAUCAGCAUGAUGUGGGUGGCAGCCGGCUAUACUGUGAUACUGUGUGAGAAGGCCGUGGGCAGCUACGACCCAGCGCUGGAGUUCAUCAAUGGCAAUAAGGACCAGCAAGCCGCAAAGAUGGGCACCAAACCCGCACAAGUGAAAGUGACGGCGUCGAUGCAAGAGGCGGUCGAGAAGGCAUGGAUGGUGAUCGAGGCCGUGCCCGAAAAGCUGGACAUGAAGAUUGAAAUUCUGGGCCAAAUCGACCGGCUGGCGCCGGCGGACUGCAUCAUCGCCACUAACUCGUCGUCUCUGCGCUCCAGCCAGAUGCUCGCCCAGACCGAGAAGAAUUACCGGAUCUGCAACGGGCACUACUAUAUGCCGCCCGAGCAGACCUACUACGAGGUCAUGUCGUGUGGCCACACCGACCCGGAUAUUUUCCCCUUCUUGAUGGAGAAGGCCACCACCGCGGGCUUCCAGCCUGUUCAUGCGAAGAAGGAGUCGACAGGAUUGGUUUUCAAUAGGAUUUGGGCCGCCAUUAAGCGCGAGUGUCUGCUAGUCAUGGCGGAUGGGGUCAGUGACGCCCGGACGAUUGAUGAUAUGUUCAUGUCGUGGUUCAAGGCGGCGAAGGGGCCUUGUCAGAUGAUGGACACCGUGGGCUUGGAUACUGUGUACAACAUUGAGGUUGUGUAUCAGCAACAGCUAGGCCUGGACCCGCGGGCGAAAGAUUGGCUUAAGGCGGCAUAUGUGGACAAGGGGAACUUGGGCGCGAAGGGCGGAAAGGGUUUACUGGGAUGA